CAGUUCCUGCAGGAGAUGAAAGUUCUUUCCAAGCUGCGCCAUCCCUGCAUCACGACGAUCAUGGGCGCUGUCAUCGAGGACGGGAAGGAGCCGCGGCUGGUCACGGAGCUCAUGAACUUCGGCUCCCUCAACGACUUUCUACACAACGAUACUCUCCUCAUCGAGCCAGAGAUCAUCCUCAACAUUCUCAUCGACGUCUCUCGAGGUGUUACGUUCCUCCACUCCUCCCGCCCUCCCAUUGUCCACGGAGACCUCAGGUCGCACAACGUGCUCGUGGACCACAACUUUCACGCCAAGGUCUCAGACUUUGGUCUCUCGCAGAAGCAGAAGCUCGGUUUCUGCUCCCCCCAGUGGCUCUCCCCCGAAGUGCUCCAGGGUCAGAAGAGGAGCACAGCCUCAGAUGCGUACGCUUUCGGCAUCCUGCUGUGCGAGGCGUACAGCAGGAGAGAGCCGUACGAGGGAGAGGACGUCACUGCUAUCCUCCAGCAGGUGGCUGACACGAGCUUGCCCGUUCCGAAGCGCCCUCCUCAUCCUGACGGGAUGCCCAAGGAGGUCAAGGCGAUCAUGGAGGCAUGCUGGGACAACUCGCCCGCUCUCCGUCCCCCCUUCUCCUCCAUCUGCUCGCAGCUCAAGGCGCUU